UACGAUCACCGUUUGACUCCAUCCUAGAUGCUAAAAGGACAAAAACAGUUGGGAUUUGGGCUCACAGAAUGAGUGCUAUUGCCACUGAGGACCAGGACAUGUUCUGUGAGAAGGCAGUGGCCCUUAUCGUUGACCUCUGCCUGGAUGACAGCCCUCUCCUAGACUCAGAAACCUGUCAGGAUUUCCUUGUGCUUCUGACCAGUGAAAACCCCAACAUAUCCAGUUCAGACAUUUCCUUCAGUCUCCUGCUGCUUGUGUUUGCGGUGUGUGGUUUGGCCCUGCUGGGUGUCAUCAGCGUCGCCACCUGGAAGCUGUGCUGGGUGCCCUGGCGCAGCAAAGUGCUUUCCUCUAGCGCCACCGCCCUUGCCCCCACCCGGCCAGAGAGAGACCAACACAGAGAAGAAGGUCACGGUGACUACUACCCAGCCCUUGGAGACAUUAUGGCAUCAGACAAGCUGAAGGAUCCUGGGAACUUUCUGGAGGCGGGAGUGAAGAUUAGUCAUACGUCGCCAGAUAUCCCUGCAGACGUGCAGCUGUCCAUGAAGGAUCAUUUGUUGAGACGUACGCGUAUCUCGCGGCAAACAACCGAGCCAGCCUCCUCUAACAGGCAUAGUUCCUUCAAGAAGCACCUUCCCAGGCAGAUGCACCAUGUCACCAGUCUGGACCGCGGAAGUGAUUUUUUAGACGUGGAGGACCAUCCCAUCUGCACCGCUGCCUCUCUUGGACGCAUCCAACCCGAACUCUACAAACAGAGCACGGUGGAGGCAGAGGAGUCGUCUAAGUAUGGCACUGAUAAAACAUGCGGCAAGAUCAACUUCUCCCUUAAGUAUGAUUAUGAGGGAGAGCUCCUUCUCGUCACCAUCCUCAAGGCAUUCGACUUACCCGCGAAGGAUUUGUGCGGCAGCUCCGAUCCUUACGUCAAGAUCUACCUGCUCCCCGACCGCAAGCGUAAAUUCCAAACUCGCGUGCACCGCAAGACGCUCAACCCCACGUUUGAUGAGACCUUUCAGUUUCCGGUCCCAUACGAGGAGCUGGGGUCCAGAAAGCUCCACUUGAGUGUAUUUGACUUUGACCGCUUCUCACGGCAUGAUAUGAUUGGUGAGGUGAUCCUGGAAAACCUUUUCGAAGCUUCAGAUCUCUCGCGGGAGACAUCCAUCUGGAAGGACAUCCAGUACGCCACUAGUGAGAGCGUGGAUCUGGGAGAGAUAAUGUUCUCUCUCUGCUACUUGCCAACUGCAGGGAGACUCACACUUACGGUCAUCAAAUGUAGGAACCUCAAAGCCAUGGAUAUUACCGGUUAUUCAGAUCCGUAUGUGAAGGUGUCACUGAUCUGUGAUGGGAGACGCUUGAAAAAGAAGAAAACUUCCAUAAAAAAGAACACGUUGAAUCCAACAUAUAAUGAGGCGAUAAUAUUUGACAUUCCCCCAGAGAAUAUGGAUCAAGUCAGCUUACACAUAUCAGUUAUGGACUACGAUCUAGUGGGACAUAAUGAGAUCAUUGGAGUCUGUCGUGUAGGGAGCCAUGCUGAGGGACUUGGAAGAGAUCACUGGAAUGAGAUGCUCGCUUACCCUCGAAAACCCAUUGCUCACUGGCAUCCGCUCGUAGAGCCCAAGAAGUCUGAGAAGGAGUGGAAGACUCGCACUGCAAGCUUUGACAGUCAGGGGUCUUGUCCAUCUCCCAGACUCCCUUCCAGUCCAUAAGUGAGGGACGACUUCUCUCUACGUCUUUAAGCCAAGUAUCUCCCAGGGACCGAUGGUGAGAUUUAAGAUAUGUCCUUAGGCAACAUGUGACACAACUUAUGUCUGUGUGGACAAGCAGUUGGAAGAAAGAGGGUGCUGUUCAAAACUUUUCAAAGUGCAACUGAGCAUAGCCAAUUUUUAGCUUUUUAUGUCUCGAUGGAAGUGUUGCUCGAUGGAAGUGAGGAAGAGGUUGAAAGAUAUACACUUCAAGAUGGAUUAAGCUCCCCACAGGAGUAAAAGGGUGUGUUUGUUAAUUUAUAUUGGUAGAUGUAUAUUAUAUUUUAAUUGACAUUAUAAUAGUAUGAAGAUAUAGUUAAUUAUAUAUUUAGCCAUAAUCGUUCUAGUUCUUUUUUGUCUUCUUUGAAUAUAAAAUACAGGUGUUUAGAGAUUAUGACUGGAGAGAUAUGUGAAGUCCUCAAUAUGUUCAACCUAUUGAAAUGUAUUAGCCGAACUGUAUAUUGUUUACAGAGCAGAGAUAUUCCAUUGAUCUUCCUUUUGUUUGUGAAGUAGUGAAACUGUUCUGCCACCAAAAAACGCCAAUGCCAAGAAUUAUUUUUAUCCUGUCUACAAAUUUCUCUUCCUGUGUAAACUGUAAAGGUUUUGCUUUGUUCUUAUUUAAACAUUUAGGUUUCUGAUGGUUCUAUGAGUAUUUUGAAUAAUUUACCAUAUUUUUCUUCAAACAAGUUCAGCUCAGUUAAAUGCAGCCAUGCACAGCUUUAUCCUGCAUCAUCCAUAAUGUACAACUGGCUAAAAUCGUCAUAAUUUCACCAUGCAGUAAUUGUAGCUUCCAAAGUAUAACCAUAAUGAAUAGCAAGGGUUGUGUGUCAGAUCCAAAGGACGCAAAAAUCCAUGGCUUUCUAACAAGACUUGAAAUUAUAUCAUUAUGUAAAUUAGAAGCACUGUUUUACAAAGACCAAUUUUGUAUUUUACAUCAAAUGUUCAUUGUUCUGUAUUUUUCCUGUUACCUUUGAGGUGUUUUCUCUUCAGAUAACAUGAUGUAAUUUGUUGACUGGCUUGAAUGGAACUCAUUGUAUCAAUAAUCACUGGAACUGGCGUUUCUGUAUGAAAUGCCUAAUUCAGAGCCACUUUUCCCCUUUUAUAUUGAGAAUUUGUAUAAUAGUUACUGUUUCGGAACAUCCCCUUGUACUUCAAAGGUGUGAUUAAAGAUCUUGCUUCUAUCUGUUUUGUUCUUCUUUCAUUUUUUGUUAAAUAUUAAUAUCAGAUUAGGGCCAGUUCACACAGAACGUGUGGCAGUGGAAUGGGAAAAAACCCAACAAAUA